CAUGGAUGAGGUGAGCCAGAGUUCCUUCACUACAGCUCUGAAGGCUUAGCUAGCUACAGACUAUCUCUGCUUCCCUGUCCAGUGUACCUCAGAGGCACCAUUAUUUUACCAUGCUUCCUAUAUACUACACGUAUAGAAAGUGUGCCCCCAAAGCCGCCCAGAUCCUUCUCAUCUCCGUUACUUGGUUCUGUAGCGCUGGCGGACAUGACUCCGUUUUCACAGAGUCACCAAAAUUAGCUUCUUAUUUUGGAACUAAGACCAGAUAUGAAGAAGUCAAUCCCUUCCUCCUGUCAAGUCCUCUUUUGGUUACAAGGAAGCAUGACCUACUGCCAAAUUCUUGCACCCCUCUCCAAAUAGUCUCUGUGAUCAGGCAUGGGACACGAUACCCUACCAAAAAGCAAAUACAGAAGCUGAAGAAAAUGUACAGCCUAAUCGAAGAAAGUACAAGCAACUGUGAGCUGGUAAAGGAGCUGAAGAGCUGGAACAUGUGGUAUGAGGACUGGAUGGAUGGACAACUGGUGAAGAAAGGAGAGGAGGACAUGAAGAACCUGGCUUAUAGACUGGCUUCUCUCUUUCCUUCCCUGUUCACGUCGGACAAGUUCCAUAAAUGUAAAAUGUCUUUUACCACCAGCUCUAAGCAUCGAUGUGUUGACAGCACAAAAGCUUUUAUCAGCGGGCUGGCACACACUUACCUCAGACUUCCUCUACCAACUGAAGAUACACUGGAAAGUGCGGCGUGCAGAAACCCUGUGGUCAAUGACACUUUAAUGCGUUUCUUUGAUCACUGUGAGAAGUUUGUGGCCCAAGUAGAAGAUAAUGACACAGCAAUGCAUGAAGUGGACAAGUUUAAGAAAGGACCAGAAAUGAGGAGAGUUCUGCACAAAAUAUCUGACCUCCUAAGCGUUCCAGAGCAUGAGCUGAAUGCAGAUUUAAUACAAGUGGCCUUUUUUACCUGCUCGUUUGAACUGGCCAUCAACAAUGUUGCCAACUCUCCAUGGUGCAGGCUGUUUGAUGAAGAAGAUGCCAAAGUCUUGGAAUACCUCAAUGACCUGAAACAGUAUUGGAAGCGGGGCUAUGGAUAUGAUAUCAACAGCCGCUCCAGCUGUAGCCUGUUCCGGAAUAUCUUCCAGCACUUGGACACCGCGGUUUCUGAAAGUAAAAGGUCCCAGCAGAUCUCCACCCCCGUUGUUAUGCAAUUUGGGCAUGCCGAGACUCUCUUGCCAUUAUUGGCCCUGAUGGGACUGUUUAAGGAUGAGAAACCUUUGACCGCUGACAACUUCUCCAAACACGUGGACCAGAAGUUUCGCAGUGGCAGAAUUGUGCCUUACGCUUCAAACCUUGUGUUAGUCCUGUACCACUGUGAUUUGGCAGAGAGUCCUGAGGAAGAGUACCAAGUUCAGAUGCUGCUUAAUGAAAAUCUUCUUCCCUUCCCUCAUACCCAAGAGUCUGUCUGUCUUUUUGAUGACUUGAAGAAGCAGUACAGCCACCUUCUUGACGGCUGCCAUGUCAAAGACGAGUGCCAAAUGACAGCAGCUUAUACCUCUGAGGGUGAGCUAUGAGAUGGUUAUGGGUAGAUACAUUGAGGCUUCUCAGCUGCUGGUGGAACAAUUUCCAAGCUGGGAUGUAGAGUCCACCAGCUGCUGGUAGGCAGUAGGUACUAUCCUUCAGGUUUGUGGUGGAGUCCAAUGAAUUACCAAUGAUUUCCGUUUCUUCCAACUCUGGGAACAGGUGAAUUGAUCUUUUUUUUUUUUUUUUUGGCAUACCUACCCUAAGUUUGAGUAGGCCAGUAUGCCAUCAGUAUUUUGUGCUUUACAAUCUUAAUGCUUUAUUGGAGGUUCCGUGCAAUAUUUAGGAGUGGCUUUUUUCUUAUCUGCUUGCUUUCCAAAAUUGAUUUUGGUGACCUGUAUAUUGUGGCGCAAUCAUGCUGACUACAUAUGGCGCACACUCCCUCAGUAUAGGCUAUAACAGUUGGUGGAUGGAGGAGGACUAGCCGACCCUAGGUUGAAUGUGGCUACAUUGUUUGGAGCAGUGAAUUCUCUUCUUGGCAGCUCAUGCAACUUGAUUACAAGGUUAGCCCACUCAUGGGAACUGAGCCCACUCAAUGUUUUUUUAUUUUUUUGGGCUAUGUGUUUGGAGCUACAAAAGAGUCAAGAUUAGAUUUAGUAGCCUGUAUGAAUGUCUUUCCAGUAUGUAAAGGUUUACAGAGACCAAACAUUCAAGAGAGGAUUGUGCACAUGUAUAUGAUUCUUUACAUAGCUGAGACUGACAUGUUUUCAGCAUUAUAUGCUUCAAGUGCAACUGACAAUGACAUUUAUUAAGCUCUGGUGUAGUUGAAGGAUGCAGUGGGGCAAGUCACAAUUGGGCCCCUACAACAAGAGCCACAAUGUGCAAUGCAAAGGUGCUAUGACCAAACAAAUGAAAAAUGUAAUUACACUAGGCUGAGUUAUUCUUUUUUUUUUUUUCCACUAGCCCAGUUGUCAUUUUUUUUUAAAUCAGGGCAAAAAGCUUUACGUAUCUCUGUUUUAGAGUCAAGUCAAUGAGUGAGAUCUGUUAACAUAGGGUUAGACUUAAAGGGGUUAUCCGGGUUAAAAUAAUGAUGACCUAUCCACUGGAGAGGUCAUCAUUACCAUAUUGGUGGGGGGCCAAGUCCCAGCACCCCUGCCAAUCAGCUUUGGUGAAAGUGGUGGGCUCCCAGCAGCUUUCCAAGCAAGGUGUCGUACAUGGUGUAUGCGCUUGGUAUUGCACUCAGUCCAAUUGACUUGAAUGGAAUUGAGCUGCAACAGGGCCACAUGAACAAUAUGUGGUGACAUCACUGGCCUAGGAAGAGGCCGCCACACCUGCAGAGCGCCUGGCCUGUUCUAACAGCUGAUUGGCUGGGUGUCUGACCCCCCAAAUGUGAUACUGAUGACCUGUACUGAGGACAGGUCAGCAAUAUCUUUUCCCGGAUAACCCCUUUAAACUGGCCAUACACUUAAAGGGACACUUCCUUCAGAAAGUUUUUUUUUGCUGUGCUAAAAGUUCAAACAAAGAAGAUAAAAAGCCAGGUCACAAAGAAGAAUAUAUGGAGCGAUUUAAAAACAUUAUGUCCAGGAAACCACCCCCCUGUUUUUUGUAAAAAAUAAAAAAAAAUUAUAUAGAACAUAUACAUGCUAUCAAUAAUGAUAAAAACUUUUGAUGGAAGUGUCCCUUUAAGGUUAGGACCCGGCACAAUGUGGCCAGUCAGUUGUACAUCAAAGCUUUGGUGCCAGCGUUGUGACCAUCAACAUGGCAGCUAUUAUUGACGGAUCAGGGGCAAAAAGAAAUGUAAGAAAAUAGAACGUGCUUGCGCAAAGUGACGAAUGAUCAGUCGGAAAUUGGCAUACAGUUAAAUGUGGGAUAGCAGAUGGCAAUGGCAAACUCAUUGAUAGGCUGAAAUAGUCAAAAUCUUUAUUUAUUUAUUAUUUUUUAAUGAACAAGCUUUAAAUAAAUAAAUAAAUUGAACACUGCAUUAACAUUCCAUACAUACAAAAUAGGCAACUGAUAAAUAGUAAUCCUGUGGUGGUUUUGGGGAACAUUCUAUACAGUUCCGUAAGCACACUUUGCAAUUAUAUUACAUUGUCACUAACUUCCUACAACUUAACAUAUUUAAAGAGAACCUGUCACCAUAAAAAUGCAGUGCAAUCUGCAGGCAGCAUGUUACACAGCAGGGGGAGCUGAGCAGAUAUAUGUAUGGGUUUUCCGUGGAAAUAUUUAAUAAAACUUAUUUAACUCAUUUAAAUUCCUGGUCAUUCUGUUCUUUGAAGUCCAGGAGGCGGACCUAUCAGUGAUUGACAGCUCUCUCUGUAUAGAGGACAAGCUGUCAAUCACUGAUGGGACCGACUCCUGGACUUCGAAGCCCAGAAUGUGCAGGAAUGUAAAUGAGUAAAUUACAAGUUUUACUGAAUCUUCUCCCAUAAACUAUGGGGGUCAUUUAUUAAGAUCAGCGUUUUAGAUGCCGGUCUUGGCGGUGGACUGAAGUUAUGAAGAGGCGACGGCUUCCAAGCUGUCUUACAUUUAGACCUUUUUCUACCCCUGAAACAGGCAUAGAAAAUGGUAAAUGAGACGGCCUUUCUGGCCCAUCCCCUUUCCCGCCCAUGCCACGCCCACAAUUUUAGACCGGGAUAAAGUCGCAGAUGCACCUGAAAUACUCCUAAUAUAGGCAUAUUUCAGUAUAAUAAAUGACCCCCCUAUAUAUCAAUCUGCUCAGCUCGUCCUGCUCUAUGCUGUCUUCAGCUCAGAUACCAUGUUCAAUUAGACAGGUUCCCUUUAAAGUAAUAACUACACUUCAGUGCAGCUUUUUCAACAGUUGAAACUAUUGGACCAAAACCAGCGCUGCAAACACAAACGGGGAGAUUUUUCAACACCGGUGCUUGUCUUGAUAUCCUGAGUUGCUGGAGGAUGUGCCUAAUAUUCGACAAGGCUUGCUCCUCGUCAUAAAUUAGGAGCCUCCUCCAGCAGUCCGUGCACCUAAGCAGAACUCUAUGGUAGCUUUGAGCUGCUAUAGAUUUCUGGCUUAAUUUGCAGCAGAAAACUGGCGUAAAUGAAUAUAAAUUUGUUGUGGCAGCUGGCCAUGGUUUCUUCCUGCCCUUUCCACGUCCCCUUUUGGAAAAGUGUCAAGGGCAGCGUAAAAAAAAUAGCACUUCCAGCUUUUUAAAAAGCAGCAAACACACAGUUUGCGACUUAUUAAUGCCAUUUUUCUGGCACAGGAAGAUGAUAAAUGUCCCCCAACGUGUUACAAGUGGAGGAUCAUGACACCUUACCGAUCCUUUCCAGCUGCUGUUCAGCUAGCCCCGCUCCUCUUCUAAGGGUUGGCAUGCCAACCAUGGUUUUGGCUAUUAAUUGGCUAAGAGGGCCUCAUAUGAUUUUAUGAGUGCAGAACAAUAGCACCGCGGGCGGCCCGACGUGCACAGCAUCAUUGUAAUAUAUGAUGCUGUGCGCAGGAUCAAUACCGCUCCAGGACAUAUGGCGCGCUCACGGACUGUAUGUCUCAGAGGGCAUACGGUCUUGUGUUAAGCCCCAAAACGGGAACUGGAGAGGAACAGGGAUCAGAGCAGUGGCCAAACACAGCAGCAGAGGAUCAGUGAGUACUGACUGUUUUAUUAUUACUCUGACCCUAUUUUUAAUCAUAAUUAUGCUACCGGAAUACACCUUUAAUCUAAAUUAAUCUAGACUUUUCAAUAAUUAAAAAUGUUACAAGUCUUUUAUUGAAAAAUCCAAAUAUACAUACAUAUUUCUUGGGCUCACCCGGCCUCCGGGCACAGGGUAAUAUGUACAUUAUAUGAUAUUUUUAUUAUGCAUUAUACAACAAACUGUUUUGAUGAGCACUUGGAUUAACUUUUCUCUUUUUUUUCUUGUUGGCAUGUCAUCAAUGUUUUUAGCAUGCACUGAUAUUGUAAGUUAUGCCUGAUAUUCAUACGUUUGUCAGGGUCUUUGGUCUUAGAUUGGGGUGCUAGUGUGGCUUUCUACUUUCACAUUAGACUUAGCCAUGACUCAAAGUAUUUACAAGUGUUUCUGAGUUAGGCUACUUUCACACUUGCACUGUUGUUGUUGUUUUCCAGUAUUGAGGUCUGGCAGAGGAUCUCAAUACCGGAAGAAAACGUAUACUAUUAGUCCUCAUGCAUUCCGAAUGGAAAAAGAUCCAUUCAGGAUUCCGUUCCGUCAGCAUUCCAUUUUGUGACCGGACACAAAACCACUGUAAGGCUACUUUCACUCUGGCGUUUCUGGGUCCGCUUGUGAGAUCCAUUUCAAGGCUCUCACAAGCGGCCCAAAAUGGAUCAGUUUA